AUGAUUUCAUCCAUUCCUCGUCUCGAAGACUACGAGGUCUCUGAGAAUUAUGGCUUCCUUCCUUCAGAGUACCCACUCGAGGUACUGCCGGACACUUACUAUAGACCUUGGGAAGCCAUUGUCAGAAAUCUUCAAGGUUUGAUCCUCGGCAAAAGACUGCGAGGCGUCGUCGAAAGCCUUCCUGUCUUGUCUACCGAAUACCUCCGCUCAGAUGCCGAAUGGCGUCGCGCCUACAUGAUGCUUGGCUUCAUCUCACACGCCUACAUCUGGAACGGAGAGCGACCAAAGGAUUGUGUUCCUCCUAGCAUCUCGAUCCCCUUCACAGCAGCUUGCAAGCAUCUGGAGUUGCCCACCGUUGCCACAUACGCCGGAGUCGUUCUAUGGAACUACCGACCACUCUUCGAUGAUGAAGGUAUCGAUUCUCUGGACAACCUGUCUACUCUCAUGACUUUCACUGGCUCGCUGGACGAGUCGUGGUUCUACCUCGUAUCAGUAGCCAUCGAAGCCCGUGGCGCCCCCAUAAUUCCCUUAAUGCUUCACGCCAUCGAGGCCGCCCGUCGUGGUGACAAGGCCGUCGUGACUGAAUGUCUACGCUCAUUCGCCGAGCGCCUAGACGAACUCUCCUCAAUGCUCGUCCGUAUGUACGAGAACUGCGACCCCCACGUCUUCUACCACCGCAUUCGCCCUUUCCUUGCCGGCAGCAAGAACAUGCACGAAGCCGGCCUCCCCAACGGCGUCAUGUUCGACACCAACAGCAAGGACGACGCCUACGUCCAAUACAGUGGUGGCAGCAACGCUCAAUCUUCCAUCAUCCAGUUCUUCGACCUGAUCCUUGGAGUCGAGCAUCGUCCCACUAGCAGCAAACCUCAUGACACACCCGCAGCAACAGUCCAGCAAGGGCCUUCUGCAAACUUCAUCCACGACAUGCGCACGUAUAUGCCUGGUCCCCACGCUCGUUUCCUCGAGCACGUAGGCACCGUAGCAAACAUCCGCUCUUUCGUCACCACAAACCGCCACGAUCGCGCUCUAGCAGGUGCCUUUGACGCCUGCUUAGCCAUGCUGCGCAACUUCCGCGACAAGCAUAUCCAAAUGGUAUCACGCUACAUCAUCGUCCCCUCCCGCGAAUCACGCAACAGCAACGCACGCUCCCUCUCCCCCACGGCAAGAAAGGACUCUGCAUCUCCUCAACAGAUGAACAUCGCAGCCGCCAGCUCGGAAAGCAAGGAUAAGAAGAAUCUUAGAGGUACCGGAGGAACGGCAUUGAUUCCUUUCCUCAAGCAAUGCAGAGACGAGACUGGCGAGCCCGCUAUCGAUGCUUGGGCUAGACGUCUCCUGAACAAUGGCCCUGGAGCUGCUGAGUUGGGAGGAGCCAGGAUGGGAAAGCUCGGUGAGCAUGCUUCUGGUGAGACUGCUGUUGUAGGUCUUGCUGGUGUGUGGAGUGUGGAUGAUUCCGACGGUGGUAUUUGCCAUUGGUAA